UACAGCUUUGGAGAGCCCGGCAACAACAAGACCUCAAGGGAAACAGCAAGGGAAACAGCAAGGAAAAAGGCAGGACCCCAAGGGAACGGAACGUGUGUGUGUGGGGGAGACAAAAUGGCGCCGCACACCAAGGAAGCAGCAGGGAGCACGAGAUUCGAAGCAGGGCACAAUAGAGCUUCACUAAGGGAGGGGAAGCAGGGGGUGGGGGGGUGGUCUGGAGACCACACUAACCGGACAAAUUCACAAAGAAAAACAGCCGCCGCCUCAGCAUUAAGUAAACCGGCAAGAGGAAACAAAGGGGGCUCUUUAAUUCAGCGCACCAGGAGUGAGGAGGGGGAACGGAAAUGGUGGCGCACAGCAGGAAAUUCCUUUCCUCAGCACAGGAAGCCCUCAGAAAAACCAGGAACAGCCCGACCACGCAAGAAUCCCAUGCAGCUUUCAAGAGACAAAUCAACUCAAAACUACAGCGAACUCAAGCCUGGAGAGGGAGAUCGAAAACUGGAAGAGGGGCAGCAGCCAGGCACUCCCGGAUGCUUCUGUGGUUUGGGGCUGAUUUACACCAACAAAUCCUGCACGAUGCCCCCCAUCACCUUCCAAGAUUUACCACUGAAUAUCUACAUGGUGAUUUUUGGCACUGGCAUCUUCAUCUUUGUUCUGAGCCUCAUCUUCUGCUGCUACUUCAUGAGCAAACUUCGACAUCAGGCACAGAGUGAAAGAUUUGGAUACAAAGAGGUAGUUUUGAAAGGUGAUGCUAGAAAACUAAAUGUACAUGGGCAGACCUGUGCCGUCUGCCUGGAAGACUUUAAAGUGAAAGAUGACCUGGGACUGUUAUCAUGCCAACAUGCCUUCCACAGAAAGUGCCUUGUGAAAUGGCUGGAAGUCCGCUGUGUCUGUCCCAUGUGUAACAAGCCAAUUGCAGGCCCCAGAGAGUCUCAUCAAAGCAUAGGUAUCCUUCUGGAUGAGCUGGUGUGACAUUCACCCUAAAGCAGAACCUCCACUGAUACAGACUGAAAUGAACCCUGGAGAUUCAGUAUUGUGUGUUCCAGCCAGAGAUGUUUCACAGCAUGUUCUGUCUUCUUUAUCAAAAAGCUGUUACCUAGUGCUAAGAUGGAAGACAAGCUGGCCUUGCUCCACAUCUCCAGUCUGGGAGCAAUUUCCUGGAGAAGAUUGAUCAUAUCAGCACCAGAAUUUGCACAUUUCAGCUGAGGGCUUCUGAGGAACAGAGAAUUGAACCUUCGCAGAUGACUCUGUGGACAGUCUAAGUCCCCAGUACCAUAUUUUGACAACUGGAUGUAGUGAUGCCAAACAUAAAAUCAAGGUCUUCCCUUCCUCUGGGAGCUGCUGGCCAGCAUUUGGAUUUCACUCCUUACCCAGUAUUUCCUAGUUUUAUUUUUACAGUUCUAAAUAAUCCUUUAUGUUUACAGGCAUCUGGUCUUUCCCAUUUGGUUUCUCUAUGCCUUAUAUAAAGGGGGAGAGAAACCAAAUGGGAAAUAUAUAUGUGUGUGUGUGUUCUGGCUCUUUUAUAUAUAAAACGUGGGGUGGCACACGUUGCUUGUCCCAGCUUCCGCCAACCUAGCGGUUCGAAAGCAUGCAAAAUGCGAGUAGAUAAAUCAGUACCACUAUGGUGAGAAGAUAACGGUGUUCCAUGUCUAGUCGCGCUAGCCACGUGACCAUGGAAGAUGGUCUUCAGACAA